AUGUGGAUCUUAAGUGUGUUACUUUUGGCUGUUGCCUCCAAGGAAGCUUUCUCCUUUAAUGUUGUGCCCCUGGUCGAAAGGAAUUUGGCCAAUACCAUUUUGAAAUCGAGUCAUGUCAUGCGGGAUAAUUCACCACGCAACUUGGAAUGUUUUUCGGUUUAUUUGCCGCUGAUCAAUGAGGCCACAAAUAAAUAUGAAGCUGCCUAUGCCCAAUGUUUGGAUACUGCCGACAAUGCCACCAAGGCUGUGGAGGCUGAGGUAGCUGCAGAUCGUGCCACCGUUAGCUAUGAAGCUGAAGGAAUUUGUACCCUUUAUCAGGAAUGUUCUCAAAAGACCUCAUCUUUGGAUUUCUUUGAUUGCUACAGUGAAACGGCUGCCUCUGCCAUCAGCUCUUCGUAUGACAUUCAGACUUUGUCGAAAAACAAAUGGCAAUAUGUCAACAACAGAUAUCAAGUCAUUGCCUAUGAACAAAAGACCUGUACCGAUACCUGUGCCGAUGAAUAUGUCAAGGAAUCCACUGCCCUGUAUGCUGCCUUGGACACCUGUUUGGCGGGUGGCGGUUUUCCAACACCAUCCCCCGCACCCACAACACCUAAACCUGUUGAACCCGAAACAACAACUAUAGCUCCUGUUGUAACCACUACUGAAGUAGUAACAACAACACCUGAGCCUGUUCCAGAGACAACAACUGUUGUUCCCGAACCAGAGACAACUGCCGUUCCCGAACCAGAGACAACAAAUCCACUUGAUACAACACCUGCCCCAGUACCUGAAACAACUACCCCGCAUAUUCCAACACCACCACCAGCAGUAUACUAA